AUGAAGGUCAAAAUGAUAUCGCGUAAUCCAGAUGAUUAUCAGAGAGAAACCAAUAAGGAUAUAUACAAAGUGGUACGCAACUGGAAUGCCCCUCCCGAUCCAUUUCGAGCUCAGACAGAAUAUACUCGUGCACUGAACGCAACGAAACUGGAGAGAGUCUUCGCAAAGCCUUUCGUUGCCAGUCUUGACGGCCACGUUGAAGGCGUUCAUAUCCUCGCCAAGCAUCCUAAUCGUCCUUCCAUUGUUUUGUCUGGAGCACGCGAUGGACAAGUUAUUGUUUGGGCACUUGCACGACGACAUCGACUUGCUACUUUCCAGACACAUAAUGGCCCUGUUAAUGGUAUUUCUGUGGACGUUGCUGCCGGCAACAGUUUUGUUACAGUAGGACAGGAUUGUACCAUUAAUCGAUGGAGACUACCUCAUACUUCAAAUACUAUUGGUGGUAUUAUUUGCGAUCAAGUGGAUUCAAUCAGUUUAGAUGGAGUACCCCAUGCCGUUUCUCAUCUUGCUAACUCUUCGAAUUUCGUAACAUGUGGUGAUGGAGUUACAGUUUGGGGUGCUCAAGGGAACAAAAGAUACGCGAAUAUGAAGAUUGGCCAUGAAAGAGCUCAUUGUGUACGUGCGAAUCCCAUAGAAGAAGCGAUUCUUGUUGGAGCAACGAGUGAUCGUUCAAUAUUCGUUAUCGAUACUCGACAAGCUGUCCCUUUGACAAAGACAACAAUGAACUUCGUCCCAACAUGGUUGCUUGGAAUCCUAUAG